AUGAAUAACGAUGACGUAAUAUGGCACACUAUCAACCAUUCAUUCUGUUCAUUUGUAGUCAAAACUAAGACAGGAAGGUUUUGUAGAAAUGAAGAUAAUGUCACAGGAUUGUGCAAUCGACAUUCCUGUCCGCUUGCCAAUUCACAAUAUGCCACCAUAAAAGAAAGAGAUGGUAUCAUCUACCUGUAUGUAAAGGAACCCGAACGUAUACCUUAUCCUGGUAAACAGUGGGAACGAAUUAAAUUACGCCGAAAUAAAGAACAGGCACUCAAACAAAUCAAAGAACAUCUAUUAUAUUGGGAUAAAUGGAUAAUUACUCGUGUCAAACAGCGAUUCUUCCGUACAAGAGAUUAUCUGAAAAACAUGCGACGUUUAGCCUUGUCAAGGCAGAAGAAAUUAGAACCUAUCAACCGUACAGUUGAAAAACGUGAAUUAAGAAGAGAGGCUAAAGCACUACGUGUAGCACGAAUUGAGCGUACUGUGGAACAAGAGUUAUUAGAACGAUUACGUGCAUCGACAUCCUCUAAAGAAAUAUAUAACAUCGACCAGUCUGCUUUUGAAAAGGCUUUAGAGGCUGAAGAAAUAGAAGAACUUGAAGAAAACUCCGAUGAGGAAUAUGA